AUGGCCCAUGAAAACAUAUGGUUUCCCGAUCCUUUCCAGAACUGCAAGAUCUUGAGUCUGAACGAGCCUACACCUUCCAACUGGGAAGUCUCCCAAAAGAUCAACGGGCAUGUCGAGCAAUGGAAAGACGCUACCUGCCGCCUCUCCUCUCUGGCCUCCGCCAAGUUCGUCUGUCGUGAUACCAGUGAAUCUCCCAAUGGGCCCACAGCCAUCCUCCGUAUCGUGAAGCAGAUUCCCUCUACCAAAGCUCAGGAAGCCACUCAAUUUACUCUACCCGAGCUAAUGGCAUACCAAUCUCCCAAGGAAAGAAAUUCGCCCAACACCCCUAAGCUCCUAGCAUGGCAGCAAGGGACUCAGGAUGCCUCUGGUACCAUCCCAGGUGGCUUUAUCACAUGGAUUAUCUUUGUGGACAUUGAGGGAAUCGCCCUUGGCGAUGCGAAUGGGGCUGGCAUAUAUUGGGAGCAGCCGCCGGAAACACGUGCAAAAAUCCGCGAGGUCUUCAUGAAGGAAUACACUGAAGCCUCUGAAAUUGGAAUCCUACCAGUCCAUGAUGGCCUGGAAAUUUGA